AUGCAGCAGCGGGGUCGGGGCCGCCGCGAGUCCGCCAGGGCCGCCAAGGGCGAUGCGCAGAAGCAUGGGGAGCUAGACGCGCCGUUCGCGCACGCGUUCGCUGGGGCCCGCGGGGCCGGGUGCGCGAGGGACGGCCCUCUUAGAGAGGGGAAGGCGGGGCCGAAGGCUAAGGCGCAGGGCCCCUACGAUCUGGAGAUCGCCGCCUUCGCGGCCAUGGCGCCCAGGCCCCUCAGCGUGAAGGACGUGCUGGACAUGGCGGAGCCGAGGACCGGAUGGUCGCCAGAUUCUUGCUGCGGGAGGUGCCCGUCCGGUACGCCGAGCGCAUUCGGUCCAUCGAGGCGCUGCGGCAGUGGCGGCGCAUCCCGGAGCUCGUCGAGGUGCACGCGUCGCACGUCGACACCUUCAAGAAGCUGGCAGGAACAUCGACAGAAAGAUGCAGGCGUUGGAGGACGUCAUCUGUCGGAUUCCGUCAGCCACCUCCGUGCUUUUACCGAGAUCAUAGAGCAGGCCGUCAACGACCGCAGGACGGUGGUGGUGAUGUUGGCCAGGGCGAUGCUGAAGCUCCAGGAAGGACCCCGAGACCUACACCGCGGCCUUCGCCGACGGCUUCAUGAACACGUUCUUGCUCAACCGGAUCGGCUGCAUCGUGCUCAUGACUCAGUACAUUAG